AUGUCGCAGAAAGAGCUAAAUGAACUACGCAAGCGUCUUGAAGAAGAACAACGACGACGAGAGGAAGCGGAACGGAAACUGAACCUCGAAAUACUACAGACUCGAAAUACCACACUCCCCGAAUUUCUCGACGCGUGCCACGAACAGAUCUCUUCCUCGAAUCCAGGAGUGGAUAGACUUUCCAGACCAGCAGAUGGUAAUAUAAGCGGACCUCAUGGAUGCAGAUUUGUGACCGAACGUCACUUUACAUCGUUGCUAGCACUGAGGGAAUCCGGAAAGGACAUUAUAAAACGAAUGCACGGUUCUGAACUCGAUAUCGGAUAUUUUCAACGCGAGACCGUGGAGUCGCGUGUUGCGUCCGUGGUCGAAGAGCUCUAUGCCAGCCGGCAACUGCGGCGAAAAUUCAACCUUCGUGGAAACGUGACUUUUGAAAACCAUGCCAACACACUGACAGACGAAUCCAGAAUCGUCACCGAUAUGAGCUCUCUCCGUUUGGAGCCGGAAGGACCCCGUCGCUCUGAGCGCCAAGCGAGACGGUCUCGGGACACCUCUAGGUCAACAUUACGGGUGAGAAGACAAACAGCCGCACAGCCACGCCGCCCUCAUCCUCGAGCAGACCAGUUUUGCGUUUACAACCGGGGCCCGGACGAGAAGGUUCCGUCCUUUCUCAUCGAAUACAAAGCCCUAUCUAAGCUGUCUCUUGCUCACAUCAAAACCGGACUGCAGGACAUGGAACUGGACCGCAUCGUUCGAUACUAG